GCCUUAUUCAGAAGCAGAUGAAGAUAAGGACUUCGGUACGGAGAUUUAAGAAGACCUCCUGAAGGUCACGUUUAAGUUGGUCAUGAGAAAAAAUAGCAUUUUCAAACUGAGUCGUCUUUAUAGUACUCUAUCUAUGGGUUUCUGAAAAUUCGGAGGUUAAUCUUCAACAGUUUAGACGAACUUUAACCAUGGACUUAGGACUGUGACUAGGUUUUUCUCAACGAGAUUCUUCUCUGCAUGCAAACCCAGUUUUAUUGGGCCACUUAGAAAGUUUCAUCAUGGCAGAUGGUGGGUUUGAUGUGAAUGGGCCUGAUUCGGAGGGUAUCAGUGGAGGGUUCAGGAUAAAUGUUGUACCCAAGGGAGCAUGGCAGAGUCCACCGGGGGUCGUUUUCGGUACCCCGGGCCAGGUAUAUGCAGACAAUCGUUUUCCGUACCUGGACCACCUGAAAUCCGUAGUGGAUCUGCAGAAAGAAGCGUUUCUCACAGAAAUGUGCGUGGAAGAGAAGUCUGCAAAAGAACCCUUCGCUAUGGGGCUUGACGAGGAAACCUACUUCAUGAUAGUGGAAUUGCCCUGUUGGCUAAUGGUCAUGUUCGCUGCUUUGGCAAUUGUCACCAUGAUCCAAAGGUGGCAAGCUGGAAAACCUCUGAUGCCUUUCGGGGCUUCUUGCGAAGGCUACGCUAGCGUCGAUGUUGAUGCAGCUGGUCUCGGUGAAGGAGGACUAGAUGGAGGCCAAGCAGGAUCAGUGCCUUACAGCAGAGGUGAGGUGUUUCAGCCAGGCCGUCAAGCUGGUCCAACUGGCGCCAGUGGUGGUCCUCCUGGCACUUCAGGUGCUGCACCGUCCUCAGCCCUGGAGGAGCCGGUCCCAAAAGCGACGCUGAUGAUGUCGGAGAUGAAUUCUACACCACUCAGGGCCCGGAGCCGUGGAGACAAAGAAGAUGAGGAUGCCUUUUUGGCUUCCUUUUCUGCUCAUUAG